CAAAGUCAGUUUAUCCUCUGAUUGAGUUGCAUUGAUUACAUCCACUUUUUGUCCACUGUUUCUCCAGAUUAUUCCAGUUGAAGGGGAUUUUCCAGUGAACGACGAACCCCAAAAGACAUUUGAAGAGAUGAUUCCUGAAAUCGUGAUUUCAAAAGAACUUAGUAAACUUGGUGAUUUUGACGAGGACGAUUGCAGUGCCAACGCUUGCUCAAAUUUCAUAAAAGUUAAGAGGGUGAUGCUCGUUCAAGACUGUUACCCGAAAAAAUUAUUGCAAGAAUGGGACAGCUGGAAAAACGGCCAUAUCUGUGAAAACGAACGACCCGAUAUGUACCACUCGGACCAAUAUUUCGUAGUGUUCGAGUUUAUUGAUGGAGGCGAAGACCUGGAACGCUUCGAAUUUAAGUCGUUUCAAGAGGCGUUGAGUGUCUUACAGCAAGUUGCAUUGUCUCUCAGUGUUGCUGAGAAAUCGCUGACGUUUGAACACCGCGAUUUGCACUGGGGUAACGUGCUUAUCAAAAGAACAAAAUGCAAGACAGUUCACUACAAGUUAUGUGGAAAUGAUAUCUCCGUCGAUAGCGCUGGUGUUUUUGUCAGCAUCAUCGAUUUCACAUUGUCAAGACUCGCAAAAGAUGGAGUAACGGUAUUUUGCGACCUUUCCAAAGAUCCCGACAUAUUCAACGGGAAAGGCGACUAUCAAUUUCAGGUCUAUAGACUUAUGAAGAAAACAAAUGGCAACAACUGGGAGAUUUAUAAACCAUACUCAAAUGUUCUUUGGAUGCGAUAUUUGAUCGACAAAGUACUAAACGCCAAAAAGUACAAGAAAGCGCAAGCAAGCGUUCAACGAAACAUCAGAACGUAUUAUCGACAAGUGCUGUCAUUUGAAUCGGCAUUUCAAGCAGUGCAAGACGGAUUUCUAGGAAUAGAUGUUUGCAAUGAUCUGUAGAAACGGCAACCAAUGUGUAUCAUGUUUUUAAAGAUAUAUGUGUGCGCAUGUAUAAAUAUAUAAAUUGAAUUUCGUAAAUUAAUCAAGAUUAAAUUCUACUGUCGCAUUUAUACUCUGUCAAAUUAUGUAAAACAAGACGCCUGCUCAAGGCGUUACUCCGCCUG